AGUGGGAGAUGCCCGGGUGGCCCACGGAGGUCCAUGUGGCGCUCUAGGUGGGAUGCUGGCAUCCUGAAGGCCGAGGCCCUGGCCCUGCUCCCCUGUGGCCUGGGCAUGGCGUUCUCUCAGUCACACGUGAUGGCGGCGAGGCGGCACCAACAUGGCAGGCUCAUCAUUGAGGUGGAUGAGUACAGCUCCAACCCCACCCAGGCCUUCACCUUCUACAACAUCAACCAGGGCCGCUUUCAGCCACCGCACGUGCAGAUGGUGGACCCGGUGCCUCACGACGCCCCAAAGCCACCUGGCUACACACGUUUUGUCUGUGUUUCUGACACCCACUCAAGGACAGACCCCAUCCAGAUGCCCUAUGGUGAUGUGCUGAUCCACGCCGGGGACUUCACGGAGCUGGGGCUCCCGAGCGAAGUGAAGAAGUUCAAUGAGUGGCUGGGCAGCCUGCCCUACGAGUACAAGAUCGUGAUUGCGGGCAACCACGAGCUGACCUUCGACCAGGAGUUCAUGGCUGACCUUAUCAAGCAGGACUUUUACUACUUCCCAUCUGUGUCCAAGCUGAAGCCGGAGAACUAUGAGAAUGUGCAGUCGUUGCUGACCAACUGCAUCUACCUGCAGGACUCAGAGGUCACUGUGCGUGGCUUCAGGAUCUACGGCUCCCCGUGGCAGCCCUGGUUCUAUGGCUGGGGCUUCAACCUCCCACGAGGCCAAGCGCUGCUGGAGAAGUGGAAUCUUAUCCCGGAAGGUGUUGAUAUCCUCAUAACUCAUGGACCGCCAUUGGGCUUUCUAGACUGGGUCCCCAAGAAGAUGCAGCGUGUGGGCUGUGUGGAGCUGCUCAACACGGUCCAGAGACGAGUCCAGCCACGGCUGCAUGUCUUUGGUCACAUCCACGAAGGGUAUGGUGUCAUGGCGGACGGGACCACCACCUAUGUGAAUGCCUCCGUGUGCACUGUGAACUAUCAGCCUGUGAAUCCUCCCAUAGUCAUCGACCUCCCCACGCCCCGGAACUCCUGACUGCUCCCCACUCCAGCUCUGCCUGCCCGUGUCAGCUCCGUACGUCUGGCCGAGAGCCUGGAUCCCCUAACCCACUUCCUCCCGUGCUGAACAGCCCAGAUGGUCCAUCUGGCCAUGGGACCAGCCAGCAAUGAGCAGAAUCCUUGGGAUAAAAGAAAUUGCCUUUGACUGUCAGCCUUCUGUCUUCUGCAGCCGGGGCCUUGAGCAGCCCCAUCGGGGCACUAUGCUCACUUCUGUUUUCUGUGUGUACAUCUGUCCUUCAUUACAGGGCCUCACAGGCUCACAGCCCUCUCUCGCUCGGGAAAUGACAGAAGCAUCAUCACACUCAGUUCAACGCCUUCCUGCUGUGAGAAGCCGCUGCCCUUGGAUGAGUUUGGGGAAUUUUUAUACACAAUGUCUCGCUACCCAAGUACAUCUGUGUGGCUGUGGGCCCCAAGUUUGGGGGAUGUGUGGCCUGGGCACAGACAGCCUUUCCCUGGCUGGAGGGAAGGAGAUAGGCCUGCUCCUUGUGUGCAGGGAUCUUGGAGUGUUCAGGGACAUCUCAGGAAUUCUGACAGCCCCUGGUCAGGCCUACAGCAGUUGGCUUGGCUUAGCCCCCCUCUUCCUUAUGACCCUGCUGCUGACAUGGACAAUGGCUGAGUGUCCCCAGCUUCUGCUCAGAGCCUGGAUUUGGGGGGCUCGGUUCUUCUGGGUGGCCAGAACUUGCUGGUUCCUCAAUAAUAGUGAGGCCAUCUUGGGUCCCCUGGGACCACAUGACUAUGUAGAUCAUAACAUCCAGGGGGUUCUGCAGGCUGAGGCCCUGUGCCUGGUCAUAUGUGUGGGGCACAUGUGCCCCUCCAAACCUAACCUGGUUCUGUUAGUGUCCACCAUGGGCUCCAUUCCUUGAUGAGAUUUUCCCUUCAGAGGAUUGUUUGCUGGGCUUGUCAGUACCAUUGGUUACCGGGAGGUGGCGCAGUGACAGAGCAGCCCUGGCCGCUGAUGUCAAUGCCACCUGGGGCCCACAGCCUUUCUUGGGGGUAGGCCUGGGUGAGCCCAUCUGCAGGGGACAGAGCCAGCAGUCCCUGGGGCAGGGGGAGGCAGGGUCAGAAGUUGUCUUUAUUUAAAAUGCUGAUAUUUGUUCUUUGUGGACUAUUUUUGCACUCAUUCUGAUUCUUAGUAACACGUCACAAAAAUAGUAUUAUUUGUCCUGAUUCUUUCCGUUUGACACCCUUUAUGUCAUGCAUAUGAUACGAGGGCCUUGCUUCCUCGGCCUGGCCCAAGCCUUGGGGACCAGCUAUCCUGGUACCUUCUAUUCAGAAUAAUCUUGCUUUAUCUACGUCAUUCCUGCAGGUGGGGAGGUACUCAUGCCCUGGUGUAGAGAUGAGGCCACUGAGGCCAGAGAGACGAGGUCCCCUGAGGAUGCACAGCACAGAAGGGGUAGCGAUGAGAUCUGGACCUUAUCUCUGGCCUCACUGUCACCACCAGGGUUCUCUCCCUACAAAGCAAGGCAUGGGCCAAGACUGUUUAAUUUUGAAGGGUCCAGUUCAAAACCGGCUCUCGUUCAUUCUCAAUUGAGAGUCCCUUCGACCGUAAGGAAUUCUGAGCUUUGGGCUCAAAAUCCCAGCAUCCUGUGAGACCCACUCCCAAUUCUUCCCCUGCAGGUGAAGGAGCUGGGCUCGUGUGGCUCACUGUAGGUGAGGCUGCAUUCCCAGGAGGCCUGUGGUGCCCUGCGCUGGCCAGGACAGUGGUGUCACAUGGGCCACGGGGCUGCAGGAAUCUUGCUUGGGCCAAAUGGUUCUUGGUGUGUGGGGACAUUUACAAGGUCUCUCUUCUGUGCCUCAGAUGCAUGACAUGUUUGGGGCAGAGAAAACACACCUCCCGUGUGCCGUCUCGGCUCUACAGUUUCUAUGUGGACCAAGAGCUAUAAACUUUAAAAAAAAAAAAAAGUUUUUCCUAGGGCAUCUUCAGAAUACGGCAUAUUUUUAUGUGGAGAAGAAAGGCGGUGGAGGCAGCUAUCUUUACGAGAAAAUUCAUUCAAAGUCCUCAAGAUUUGAAAGAUGGUGGCCUGCUCCUCAAUCAUUUUGGCAUAAUUUGAUUGUGGCUGUAAUUUUUUU